AUGACGAAGCCUCAACACGACGCUACCUUCUCACGCAUGAACAAAAUCGAUGGCUGGGGAUCUUUGGAGGCCGAGGGAAAAAUAUUCAUAAUGAUGAAGCCUCAACACGACGCUACCUUCUCACGCAUGAACAAAAUCGAUGGCUGGGGAUCUUUGGAGGCCGAGGGAAAAAUAUUCAUAAAGAUAAAGCCUCAACACGACGCUACCUUCUCACGCAUGAACAAAAUCGAUGGCUGGGGAUCUUUGGAGGCCGAGGGAAAAAUAUUAAUAAUGAUAAAGCCUCAACACGACGCUACCUUCUCACGCAUGAACAAAAUCGAUGACUGGGGAUCUUUGGAGGCCGAGGGAAAAAUAUUCAUAACGAUAGAGCCUCAACACGACGCUACCUUCUCACGCAUGAACAAAAUCGAUGGCUGGGGAUCUUUGGAGGCCGAGGGAAAAAUAUUCAUAACGAUAAAGCCUCAACACGACGCUACCUUCUCACGCAUGAACAAAAUCGAUGACUGGGGAUCUUUCGAGGCCGAGGGAAAAAUAUUAAUAAUGAUGAAGCCUCAACACGACGCUACCUUCUCACGCAUGAACAAAGUCGAUGGCUGGGGAUCUUUGGAGGCCGAGGGAAAAAUAUUCAUAAUGAUGAAGCCUCAACACGACGCUACCUUCUCACGCUGA